UAGUAGUCUAGCAUUUGUUAAUGUUCAGUUGUACCGUUAUUUUGUUCCUAUACAAAUUUUAUGUGGGACAUUUAGUAAUGUAUCUAAUAUAUCGAUAUUUUCAUCAAAAUCAUUACGAUUAUAUUCAUGUUCAAGAUACUAUUUGGUACAAUCAAUUGUCAGUUUAGUAUACAUCUAUACUGUUGUAAUAAUAAGGUGGUUGGCAGAAGGCUUCAAUACCGAUGUAACACUCUAUUCGAUUGAUCUAUGUAAAUUUUACAUAUAUUUUUUGUAUGUCAUUCGAUUAAUGACAGCAUCAUUGCUAAUUUUAUCUUGCAUCGACCGUUAUCUGUCAUCAUCAUCGAAUUAUAAGCUGCGAAAAUUCAGUCAAAUUAAAGUAACACGAUAUACAAUACCACUUACAGUCAUUAUUUCUUCUGUUAGUUACAUUUAUUUAUUAAUGUAUGUUGAAAUCAAACAAGGUAUUCUGUGUAAUAUAUACAAUAGUCACUAUGUACAAUUUCAUUAUAUAUUUUUUACAAUUCUCUCAAAUCUAUCACCACCUUUACUGUUACUUGUAUUUGGUUUACUUACAUUAAAAAAUGUUCGACAUCAACGACAACAAAUACAUGCCGCCAACAAUAAUAAUAAUAAUCAAUUAUAUCGUCGACGUGAUAAUCAAAUGAUUCGUUUGAUGUUAUAUCAAGCAUUUAUCUAUGUUUUAUUUGCAUUGCCUUUAGCUCUCAUUGCGACUGUUAAUGCAUUUAAUACACCAACAACGGUUACACUAUUUUUACAGAAAGCAUUUAUUGUCGUUUCAUUUUUUAAUUUUAUUUUAUCAUUCUUUAUCAACACAUUAUCAGCUACUAUAUAUCGGCAGGAAUUUUUGAAACAAUUAAUUUUUAUAUCUAAAAAGUUAUUUCGAUCAACGUGGAUUGAAAAACGAUUUAUCCAUCGUCAGCAAAAACAACGACAAAUAAAACGUUUUACCUUCAAACGAACUGUGACAGUUCAGCAACAAACAAUGACACAAACAAUGACGUAA